AUGGGAGGACUCCUGUCAGGACAGUUUGGGAUUACAAACUCAGGUCACAGCAACACCAAGAAGGUGGGCAUCAUAGGUCAAUAUGGGACCUCCUAUGGUGCCUUCCUCCAGAAAACGGUGAAGAAAAUUAAAAUCAGCCAGCACACCAAGUACACUUGCACCUUCUGUGGCAAAAACAAGAUGAAGAAAUGGACUGAAGACAUCUGGCACUGUGGUUCCUGCAUGAAGAUGGUGGCUGGUGGCACCUGGACCUACAACACGACUUCUGCUGUCACAGGCAAGUCUGCCAUCAGAAGACUGCAGAAAUUGAAGGGCCAGUAA